CGGUCAGUUCGUCGCCGUAUUCAUCGAGCGGCGCCUACGCCUCGUCGGUGCCGGUUGGCCCUGUGUCACGCAUGUGUCACGUCUCACGCCGUGCUCGCCAUAUUUCGAAUCGCCAGUUUCGCGCCGGACGUUUCGAGCGGCGUUUCGGCUCCUCGCGUUCGACGCGCGCGUUUGACAGUCGAAGUACGUGGAUCGGUUCGCGCGCAAAAUUCGGCGAUGCGUCGCCGAUAACCGUGAAAAAUCGAGUUCCACGAUCGAUCAACAGUCCCUGGAUCGUCGUUGUUGCGGAAUAUCUCGCACGAUUCUUUAAAACCGUUCUCCAAGACCGUUCGUAGGAGCCGGAUGCAAGAUUGACGUGCUUGCAAGAAAAAUAGCGAAAUGUCCGAAUAUUGCGAAUAUAUGUGGUGUGAUCCCGUACGUGGUCACAAUAGCGUCGCCUUGGCACGUAGUAUUUACGAGGAGGGAGGCAAGUUCGAUAAGCGUGACAAGAAGUUAGCCAUUAAAACUGUCAGAGCUAUACUUCGGCAAAUGCCGGAUGUAGACUUGGAGAGUUGCACGGAUGAAUAUAUUACGCGCUUCCUGUUGGCCCGGAAGUAUCGCACCGAGCAAGCAGCUGCACUGAUAGCCGCUUAUCAGGCGCAAAUAGCGCAUCGCCAGGAUAUCUUCGGCAACCUCACCGCUCGGGAUUCCGCUUUGCAACGCGCGCUUCGCGCUGGCAUACCAGGUGUUCUGCCCGCACGAGAUAAGAAAGGCAGAUGCGUGCUGGUUAUUUUAGCAUCGCAAUGGGAUCCCAUAGCUGUGCCCGCAUUGUCCGUUCAACGAGCUAUCUUCUUAGUUCUGGAAAUACUUAUUCAGGACCCUCGAAAUCAGCAAUGUGGUUUCGUCGUUGUGGUAGACUGGAGCGGAUUCUCGUUACGGCAGGGUAGCGCGCUGGGUGCAGCGGCUUUGCGAAACCUAAUAGCUGCUCUACGUGGGCGAUUUCCUGCCCGAUUCAAAGCGAUACACUUCCUUUCAGCGCCCCUGUACGUCCAGGCGACUCUGGCUCUGGUGAAGCCAUUUCUGGAUGAGAAAACGCGAAAUAAGAUCUAUCUGCACGGUAACAAUCUCAGCACGCUCCACGAGCAUCUGCCAACGGACAUCUUGCCGGCGGAGCUCGGUGGAACGGGACCAGCCUUCAACCCGGGAUUAUGGGCCGAGCCGGUCAUCCACUUGGCGAUGAAAGAGGCCGAGCUCGCCGCCGCUACCACGGCCACCAAAAAGGGAAAAGAGCAGCCCGCUGAUCAGAAUAUGCACGUACAAAAACAGACCAACGGGUCAAAAACCGCAAACGGAAACCAUCUGAGGAGCCACGGCUCGACAGUCUUGACGAAUGUGGAUAAAACGCUCUUGAACAAUCAAGCGAAACUUUCUUCCGAAAAAACGCAAACGGAUGUAGAAUUAAACAUAAUAAAUAAGCAAUCGGACGAACAGAGAGAAACGACGAAGUUUACGACAAAAAACGGCGAGAAUAAUACUGAAGAACUAUCGGUACUGGAACGAGACAGUAAUGGAAACGAGAGACAUCAUUUCGACGACAGAACGGAUCAGUUAAGGGAUGACCUGGCGUUUCUCGACCCGGAGAUCAACUUGAAUGAGUUCGAAAUGAUUCCCAGCAGAUCGGGCUGCCAGAGCAGCAAGAAUAAUUCGUUGGAUAAUAGAUUAGAAGGAAAGGCUCUCAUCAUCACUAGUAAUAGAGAGGCACCGUCAGAAAAAACAAAUCUCAUAACGUAACGCUAAUCUCCUGUACAACAGGGUAUUGCUUACUGAUAGGAACUGUAAUGCGUGAGGAUGGGAGGAGGACGCGGGGCAGCGAAUCAAUAAUUAGCCAGGAAUUAAUUAUUCGAGAUUAUCGAAUUAAUUACUCGAGAUUAUCGAAUAUCAAAAGCGCACGUCAGAAGUGGUUAAGAUACUACCGGAGAAAAAAUAUAAAAAAAAAUUAUGUUGCACGCAAACGUCCCGUGACACUAGUGUAUUUCCGAUAUAUUAACGCGCUGACGUUAAUACUUUUUUUUUAUUUGUGAUCGAUUCUCGGAAAUAUGUGUGUGUGUGAUAUAUCGUGGAAUCGAUUCCUAGAAAUAUGUAUAUAUUAUGUCUGCGAUCUGAUCGAUCGUAGGAAUUUCGCCGACCGGAAAAGCUAUUUAACUUGUAGUCAUAUAUCAGUCGUUGACAUUCACUUAGCUUAGAACUCGCUUUCUCGCUUUCUCUCUUUCUCUCUUUCUCUCAUCAAGGGAUUGUCAAGAAAAGCGACUUGUUCUGAAAUACACCAGUGAAUAAUUAAGGAGGAACUGGACGGAUCAGUUACAUCAAAAUUUAUUUCGAGGUCGAUGAAUUUGAC